AAUGCAACGCCACGAAAGGAUUCGAUUUUUCAUAACUGAACAAUGUCGUAAUCUGGAUCCAACGUAUAGAAAUUAUAUGUACCCGAAACAAAUUCUUCUCGGUGACGUUCCUCUACCACUUCUCCCUAAUUCUUCACUGACGUUUCGAGUCAAUUCAGCUGAAAAAAUCUGCUUCCGUAUUCGACUUUCGAUUGAUGACAGCCAGGAACCAUUGAAUAUUGGAAUUCCAUUAUCACAAGUUGAAAGUGUUUCAAUUAAAGAUCAUAGUGCGAAACAUCCAGAACCUGCUCUUCUUUUUUUACUUAAGAAAGGAGCUUUAGAGAGAUUUAUUCAGGUCUGUAAUCCACUAUUGGGCGAACUUCACACAUAUCAUGGACGAAAACGUAAAAUGCUGACAUAUCUAACAGUAAUUCUCGGAAUGGAUCCACACUUGGAGCAACCGAAUCCAGUUUAUUGCCGUGUUUCAUUAAUGGCUAACAAAUUCACAUUCCCAUUUGGAACAGCGAAGAAAAUUUUAUUAAAAGAUUUACCAAUAAUGUGGCAAGAAGUCUUGGAUAAACAAUACGAUCGUCGUCUGAAAACUGGAAUUCAUCAUGAUAGAGAACGAAUGGCAGAGAUGGAUGAUGAAGCAUGGGAUUGGCUUAUGUCAUUUCUAAAUGUUAAAUGGGACAAAUGUCCCAGUGGUGGACGUUGGUUCGUUAGAGAUAAGGAUGAACUCGAAACUUCAGUCAACGAGCAUAAUGAAAAUCUUGCAAUCAAACGAGAAGCUUCACCACAAGAUGAUCUACUGGCUAAACCAAUGAAGCAAAUAAAAUAUUCCGAUUCAGAUGUUGGUUCUCCAAAUUCUAUAUCUUCGGAAUCUUCAGCUUCUAUUAUGACACGAUAAAACACUCGUUUAAAAAUCAUUUGUUUUCAACCCCGCUAGAACACUUUUUACUAUCAGUUUUCCAUCUAAUUCUUCACCAAAAAAUCAAAAAUCGAUACUCACAGCUGCUCCUUUACAAUUUCAGCCGUUGAGUUCUCAUCAUGACUGGAAAUGUAUCAUUUGGCUGAGUCUAUUCAGCGACAUUAACCAUUUCAACUUUUUUGGCAUCAAAUGUUUUAUAAUUUUAUUCUUAUUUUACUGCACUUUAUUGUCAUUAAUGGCUCAAUAAAAAUGUUAAUAAUCAA